UGGUUGCUUUGGAGCAGGUUGGAAGAGUCUUCAGUAGAAGAAAGUAGAAGUUUAAAUGAAAAUGAAAGAAGACACUGAUGUUUUGGUGGCUGCCUCUAGACCAAUGGCCAAUUUUUCUCCUGUAAUGACAAAUUCUGUAAGUCGGCAACCAUUUCCGACUCCAUCGCCAUUUUCUUUCUCAGUCGCUUCGACUGGGUGGAGCUCUAGGCCUUCUAUUCAUUACACAAAUCCUGGGCUCCGGUUCUUGGUGCUAUUGUUUUCCUUUGUCUCUGCUAUUACACUGGCGACUUCAUCAAAGACUAAAAACCAACCUCCUAGCUUCACUGCAUAUCCGGAGUUGAUGUACUGUUUCAUAGUACAGAUUCUGGCUUUCGUCUACACAUCUUUCCAACUUUUUAAAGGUAUUUGUGACAUUUUCCACAGAGGCUUUUUGAUACCAGACAUGAUCUCUGACUAUAUGAGCUUCAUCCUGGAUCAGUUGGUGGGUUACCUUAUCAUUUCAGCUUCCUCGGUAGCGAUACCAGUCAUUCUACAGAUUGAAAAAGACAAGCCACUGUGGACGGCGGCCAUAAUCUCCACUACCAUGUCCUUUGUAACUUUUCUUGUUAUGGGAACUUGUACCCUUCUAUCAGGCUACAAGCUUUGCAAGAGAAUCAUCUGGUAAUUCUUCAUUUUGCUUGUAUAAAGCAUUUAAAUUGUAAGCAGCUGUCCCCAACGGUGGUAAAGAAAGAAGAGAAUAACCAUGUUGCACAAAAGUUUCUACUUUUUCUAA